CUGCCCGCGCUCGGACCCGCCGGGGGGCACGCGCGGCCCCAUGCUUGCGCCCGGCUCGGCGCGGUCACCCUCGGAGGAGACGCAGCCCAUGAGGCUCCCGGUCCCCACGGAGCACAGCCCUGAAGGAUGUCCCAGCUCUCCUCCACGCUGAAGCGCUACACGGACUCGGCCCGCUACGCAGACACCCCUCACGCCAAGGCAGGCUAUGGCUCCUACACUCCCUCCUCCUACGGUGCCACCCUGGCUGCCUCCUUCCUGGAGAAGGAGAAGCGGGGUUUCAAGCCGGGCCCCCCAGCCAGCUUCCUCGCCCGGCCCAGUACCUACGGCCCUUCCUCCAUCCUGGACUACGACAGGGGCCGCCCCCUGCUGAGACCAGAGGUCCUCGGAGGCGGUAAAAAGUCAGAGAGCCAGGCGCGAGGCCUCGAGCGGCCAGUAGGGAGUGGACUCAGCGGGGGCAGCGGGUUCCCGUAUGGAGUGACCAGUAGCUCCCUCGGCUACCUGCCCAUGAGUGCCCGCAGCCAGGGGCUGCCCCUGACGCAGAAGAAGUCCAGCAGUCAGCUCGACCUGGCCAGGGACUUCUCCAGUCUGCGGGCCUCGGAGAGCUAUCGCCUGGACCCUGGGCCCCUGGGCCGCAGCCCCGGGCUGGCCCGCACCCGUCGGGAGCUGUGUGCCCUGCAGGGCCUCUACCAGGCGGCCAGCCGCUCGGAGUACCUGGCCGACUACCUGGAGAACUACGGGCGCAAGGGCAGCACCCCUCAGCUGCCUGCCCAGGCCCCUCCCUCGCGAGUCCCUGAAGUCCUCAGCCCCACCUACCGACCCAGCGGCCGGUACACUCUGUGGGAGAAGGGGAAGGGCCUGGCCCCCGGGUCCAGCCGCAGCAGCUCCCCAGGGCGGGACACCAUGAACUCUAAGAGCGCCCAGGGUCUGGCUGGCCUGCGCAACCUUGGGAACACGUGCUUCAUGAACGCCAUCCUGCAGUGCCUGAGCAACACGCGUGAGCUGAGGGACUACUGCCUGCAGCGGCUCUACCUGCGGGACCUGAGCCACAGCAGCCACGCGCACACGGCCCUCAUGGAAGAGUUUGCCAAGCUAAUCCAGGCCAUGUGGACUUCGCCUCUCAGUGACGUGGUGAGCCCCUCAGAGUUCAAGACCCAGAUCCAGAGAUACGCCCCGCGCUUCGUGGGCUAUAAUCAGCAGGAUGCUCAGGAGUUCCUCCGCUUCCUUCUGGAUGGGCUGCACAAUGAGGUAAACCGAGUCACAGUGAGGCCUAAGUCCACCCCUGAGAACCUCGAUCACCUUCCUGAUGACGAGAAAGGGCGGCAGAUGUGGAGGAAAUACCUGGAGCGGGAAGACAGUCGGAUCGGGGAUCUCUUUGUGGGGCAGCUGAAGAGCUCCCUGACGUGCACAGACUGCGGCUACUGCUCCACGGUCUUCGACCCCUUCUGGGACCUCUCGCUGCCCAUUGCGAAGCGGGGUUAUCCCGAGGUGACCUUAAUGGACUGCAUGAGGCUCUUCACCAAAGAGGACGUGCUCGAUGGCGACGAGAAGCCUACGUGCUGCCGCUGCCGCGCCCGGAGGCGGUGCCUGAAAAAGUUCUCCAUCCAGAGGUUCCCCAAGGUCCUGGUGCUCCAUCUGAAACGGUUCUCCGAGUCCAGGGUGCGGACCAGCAAGCUCACAACGUUUGUGAACUUCCCGCUGAGGGACCUGGACUUGAGAGAAUUUGCUUCAGAAAACACCAACCACGCUGUUUACAACCUGUACGCCGUGUCCAAUCACUCCGGAACCACCAUGGGCGGCCACUACACCGCGUACUGCCGCAGCCCGGCCACCGGCGAGUGGCACACGUUCAAUGACUCCAGUGUCACCCCCAUGUCCUCCGGCCAAGUGCGCACCAGCGACGCCUACCUGCUCUUCUACGAGCUGGCCAGCCCGCCCUCCCGCAUGUAGCGGCAGAGCUACGCCCCUCUCCCUGCCCGAGGCGGCCCCAUGCCCUACGUGUUUUUUUUUUAAAAAAACAAGCAAACCUGACAAAUGAGAGAAAAAUAAAGUAAGUAAAGCUGCGGAGCAGGAGUGGCUGCGGCCGGGCGGGCUGGAGCCCACGCCGCAGCGAAGGCCAGCAGGACCGGAGACCAGGCGGGCAGGGCCCUCGGCUCCUCCCGUCUGCAGCUUUAAGCUUCCGGGUUUUCCCGCGUGAAAUCAACAGCAGUGGCGCGUGUGAGAGGACCCUCUGCUGCCCACUCCUCCCGAGAGGGCGGCGCCCGGAGCCGGCAUGGGUCCACCUCCGCCGGACCCCGCGCACGUCCGGAAACAGGAGACCCCCAGGAGCCAGGAGCCCGCUCAGCGCUGCCAAGUCCUGGGACGGACCGGGCACGUCUUGGAAGAAGAGCUGUUGUUGGCUUUCAAAAGCCCGAUUUUUGUGACGGCCCUCACUCAAGUUCUCCGCCCGGAGGCGCCUCGGCUCCCCUCUGCCCGCGGAGACGCCGUGGUUUCCUGUCUCUUCAGACACGUUUCCUAAGCUCCUUGGUAGGCGUCCAGGCCCAGCACCGCCCGGAGGCCUGGGAUUAACGAGUUUUGGUUUUUAGGGUUUUUGUUGUUUUCUUUCUUUCUUUCUUUUUUUAAUGUUUUGGAUGGAAUCUAAUUGCCUCUUAAGAAUUGUGCCUUAUAGCAUUUGGGGACCAGGGGGUGGCUGUCCCUCCCUGAACUACCCCACAGCCACUUCCCUUGGCCCCACUCCAUGUCCGGACUGACUGGGGAGCUGGGGCCGUGCCCUUCGCCCCGGCUGGCUGGCAUCGCAGUGAGAUGGAGGAGAAGGUGGGCGAGAGGCUGUCCCUUACGAUGUAGUGUAUCAGGUGCCCCUGCCCGCUCCUCCCGCCCAGCCCUGGCGCUCCCGGCUGUUUGAAGGUCAGCACAGGGCCUGUCCCUCGAGCUCCCCUCACCUUUAAUUUAUUCCCUCUUAACCUGCCUUUCUCCCUGACCUCCGCCCGCCCCGCCCCCCCUGCCUUCUCAGAGCCUCCUCACCGAGUUCUCAGGGAUGCCCGCCCCCUCCCCGGGCACAGUGUCCAGGCCUGCCCGAGGUGGUGCCCAGGGUGCUGAGAUGCCUUGCCUCCACCCGUGGUGUUUCCCGGCGGCUGGGUUUGCCCUGAGCCGUCGGGCGCACUUCUGUGCUGUCCCGGGAGUCCGGCUGCUCCGCGCCAGCAGGGAGCUUCCCGCACCGCUCAGUGGCCCGGCUGUGCCGUGGAGCCGGCAGCUUCCCGGUGCUCCCAGGAGGAGGCAUCGGGGAAAGACACCCACUUCCACGUCGCUGGCCUGACACUCUUCUCUAGGGAGGCCCUGUGCGCCUGAGCCGCGGGCGCGGACAGCGUUCACGGUGUGAGCAGGAGGGGCGCUGCGUGCCCGGGGCCUGGCCCAGACAAAGCCCGCCUGCGGGACCCCGCGGUCUGUGCCGCGGUCGUGAGUGGGAGGCCGUGGUCUCGGGGAGCCCGGGCGGGUCAGUGACCAAAUGCUCUGCUGCUCCGGCCGGAGCCGCGUCCGUCCCGGGGGCUCGCCCGCUUGGCCCGUAAGCUUUCUGUAAGCGCGUUCCGAGCUGUUCCCCGGACUGGCUGAUAAACGUACUCGCUGACAUUUCAAUGCCA